AUGGCUGCGGUAGAGACGACAAUCAAUUACUUCGACAUAAACGAGGACCGCGUGUUCUACCCAGGCACUGCUGGAUACCAGCGGCGAAAGUUUGACACGAAGCCGGUUCACAUCCACGACUUACGAAGUCGAGAAGAUGAUUUCACUCUUGACAAGAAUGGUUUCAAGGUAUUGAAGGGCAUCUGGUCUGAGGCGGACGUGCAGGACGAGCCUGAGCAUAUUCAGAAAGUGGUGUUUCCUGAGACGAUCGAGGCUGUUAAGAAGGCAACCGGGGCUACAGAUGUCCUGCCCUUCUCACACCUUGUUCGACGACACUUGGCCAGCGCGGUCAAAGAGCAAGCUCAAGGGCUCAAGGACAGCGAUACGGUCGCCGCCCCUGGACCCACGAUCUUCGCCCAUUGCGACAACAGUGUAGCCGGCGCCAUGACGGUCCUGGAGAACAACGUCCCCACCGACGAGCAGGAGAAGCGCAGAAACAGUCGUUGGGCGAUCAUGAAUGUCUGGAGGCCUCUCGUGCGGCCGGUCACUAGGGAGCCGCUUGCGCUUCUAGAUGCGGACACAGUUGACGAAAAAGACCUUAUCGGUGUGAUGUCCAUUUUCCCGCAGAAGAAAGGGGCGGCUUUCGGCCAGGCGUAUCCUGGUGGCGUUGGUUUUGAGACUUCUCAAGUUCUCGCCAACGAGAACCAUCGAUGGUACUACGCUUCUAAGCUCGCCCCUGAUGAAGCACUACUGUUCAAGCAAUUUGACUCCAAGAAGGAUGGUCGCGCGAGACAGACACCACAUUCUGCGUUCCAAUGCAAGGACGAUCACGGCCCACCGCGAGAGAGCAUGGAAGUAAGGUGUCUUGUGUUUUGGGAAGGCGAGAGCCUUAGUUGA